AUGCCCAUAUCUUCCUCAGUAUCUCCUAGCUCUCAAGUGGUCACCUCUGGGACACCAGAGUCCACGGGUCCUCCUACUCGCACUACCGAGCCUCCAAGCACUACCCACGUUUCAUCCCCUUCCAUUUCUUCCAUAGCAAGCACAUCCCAGAAGCUCUCAAGUGGUCACCUCUGGGACACCAGAGUCCACGGGUCCUCCUACUCGCACUACCGAGCCUCCAAGCACUACCCACGUUUCAUCCCCUUCCAUUUCUUCCAUAGCAAGCACAUCCCAGAAGGCACCCCAAAUGCCGCGAGGAACCAGAGCGGCAGAGAAGAUGAAGCUGGGCAGAGGACCCACCUGUUGCUCGGAGUUCAGCAUUGCCUGGCCGCCUCUCCUGGGGGGCCUCCACCAGCACAGCAGGCCAAGGAUCACCAGGAGCAGGACAACGCCCAGCACGCAGAAGACGGCAGUCUGGCCAUUCCACACGGGCACACGCUCUUGGCCAAAUCGGGUGGGGCCGACCUCCACAACGGCACCUGCUCCAAUCAGACAAGGAGCUGCGGCUACCGGCCUGAGUUUGAUGCGCCCCAUGCCGCCCAUUUGGGCAAUGCCCGCAUCGUGGGGGGCACGAAGGCUGCUGCUGGGAAAUGGCCCUGGGUGGUCAGCAUUCAGACCAGCUCCUUCCACUUCUGCGGGGGGAGCAUCGUGCACCCCUGGUGGGUGCUCUCUGCCGCUCACUGCUUCACAGACAGAAGGGAAGGCAUCAGGGUGGCGGCCGGAAGCAACUACCUGGGCAGGAACAACGUCACCCGCUGGGUGCGGAAGAUCCACCUCCACCCGCUCUACAACCCCAAGACCUACGACAACGACCUGGCGCUGCUGCUCCUGCGCAACCCCAUCCCCCACAGCUGGUUCCACACCGCCCUCUGCCUGCCAGACCGCAACAUCGUCCCGGACAACAGCAUGUGGGACAGCUGCUUUGUCGCCGGCUGGGGCCUCACCAAACCCGGCUCAGAGUACGGCUCCCUUGAGCUGCUGGACAUCCAGGUGGCCCUGGUGGACUGGACACUCUGCCUGCGGUGGCUGCACUCCCUCACCAGGAACAUGGUGUGCGCUGGGUUCGAGGAGGGCGGCCGGGAUGCCUGCCAGGGGGACAGCGGAGGCCCCCUGAUGUGUCUCCCACCUGGCCACAGCGGCCACAGCAGCCCCCGGCGCUGGUAUCAAGUGGGCAUUGUGAGUUGGGGUCGCAGCUGCGCGGCCGCCCGCAGCCCAGGCGUCUACACGCAGAUCUCCAACUACCACUCCUGGCUAGAGCAGACCUCGGCGCACGAUGGGCGCCCCUUCCGUGUGCCCCAGAUCCCAGUCGGCCCCUCCGCCCAGCACGAGAAGCACAACGACCUCUGGGCCGACGUGGAGAGUGGAGGAGCCCCCGUGGGCCCCCCAGUCGUGCUCUGCUUUGCCUCCCUGGCGGUGCUGCUCUUAGGCCUGCGCUGAGGAGCAGCCAGCGAGAAAGGGCCACGGUGGCCGGUGUGGGGAGGCCCAAAGGAUGCUGAGCAAUGGGGGGGGGGGGCUUCCCUCAGUUUGACUCGGCCGUACAAUAAA